AUGUGUGUAUAUUUGAAGGAAACAGAGAAAACAAAUAUAAAAAAUUCAAUCGAUCUUCUCGAACAUUUUAUAAACAAUUUCUUAUUUUUUUACAAACUACCUGAGUAUGCCACAGCGAUCGCUGAACCAAACAACCGAACAAUUAGUAUUCAUCGUGUUGCUUCAAAUAAUGUUGUCGACAACAAAGUCAACGACUGGGCAUUUCAUAUCGAUCAUGUAUUCCAUAAUGUCAGUCAAGAGGAAAUAUUCAAUUCAGUUGCAAAAGACGUUGUCGACCGAACGAUCGACGGCUACAAUGGUUUGUUUGUCUUCGAGCAAAAUCAACUGUUAUUUGCUCCAUGUUUAGGAACAAUACUUUGCUACGGUCAAACAGGAGCUGGUAAAACCCAUACAAUGACAGGCUUCACUGAGAGCUAUCAAAAUCGCGGAGUCAUUCCUCGUGCUUUACAACAUCUCUAUCAACAAAUCAAUGCUCGACAAGAGUUUGCUUACACAGUUCGAAUUGCUUAUUUGGAAAUCUACAACGAUCAAAUGUGUGAUUUGCUUCGCACAAUUGAUUCUCCUGCGGAAUAUCAGCAACAUCAACAACAAUUAUCCAUUGGUGAAGAUGCGGGUUUCAUUUAUGUCAAAGGAUUAUCCUACCGUCUUGCAAACACUGAAGAAGAAGCCUUAAAUCUAUUGUUCGAAGGUGAAACGAAUCGAGCUGUCGGUCAACAUGUCUUAAAUAAACAAUCAUCGCGUUCACAUUGCAUAUUUACCAUUCUUAUCGAAUGUCGAUCGAUGUUAUCAUCCGACGAGAAAUAUACAACUUCAAAAUUGAACCUUGUAGACUUAGCCGGUAGCGAACGAUUAGCAAAGACCAAUUCUGAGGGUGUCACAAAACGCGAAGCAACAUUCAUCAAUAAAUCCUUAUCAUUUCUCGAACAAGUCGUUCUCAACUUAUCGGAUAAGAAAACAAAUUUUUCCCAUUUUCGAAGUUCAAAAUUGACUCAUGCGCUGAAAGAUAGCAUCGGUGGACGAUGUCACACGGUUAUGAUAGCAAAUAUUUGGCCAGAAAUUCAAUAUCUAGAAGAAACAGUUUCAACACUUCGCUUUGCUAGUCGAAUGAUGUGUGUACCUGCUGAACCGACUGUCAAUGAAAUCGUUGAUCCUGUCAGGGCAAUUGAGAACUACAAACGAGAGAAUCGACAUUUGAAAGAAGAAUUAGCAAUUCAUGAUAAACUGGCUAACCGACAAGGAGUUUCUUAUGAUCCGUUGACGACUGAACAGUUAAAUGAAAUUGAAAGCCAAUGCCGACGGUUCGUCGAAGGAAAUCUCGAUGAAAUUCAAGUCAGAAAUAUUCGUCAAGUACAAGCUGCCUUUAAUUCGUUCAAAACCAUUUGCCGAAAUACGGAAAAAGACGUGGACAAGAAAUAUCGCGAUCGAUAUGUCGUUGCUGAAAAACAGGAUUACGAACAUCAGGAUAGUCAAAAAAUUGACGAAUCUUCAGCAACCUUAUCAGUUGUCAGUCAAAGUACAAGCAAUCUGACAGGUACUGCUGGAGAACUUGAUGGGCAAAGUUUUGCAUUGGGAACAGUUCCGAAAGAGCAACGCGUCAAUAAAGAAGGUCUAAUUAAAAUGACACGUAGCAAACGACAAGCAGCGAAACAAGCCAGCACCAAAGAUAAAGCGUCGCCGACGUUAUCGAAAUUGCCCGGAACGAGUCUAUCGCGAAAUCAAACUGCCGAAGACGAACAACAAUUUGCGCGUGCGAAAGAACCGAGUGAUUUACCUGAAAUAAAGGAUCAGCGACCGAGUACUCCUCCCAAUCGAUCUACAGCAUUCGAAGAUUUUAAGCAAACUCGUGGUGUAAAUUUGAACAAAAUUUAUUUGGAAAACAAGGAAAUUUUAGCAUCAAAGAAAAAACAAUAUGCUGAAUUAGCUCGUCGCAUCAAUCAAACGAAGAACGAGAUUGACAGAACACGUGAGGAUGCCGAACAUAAAAAAAAUGAACGGUUGAGAAUGGGUGAAUUUUUAAAUGACAAUGGCGAAACAAUAAUUGACGAAGAAGAAUAUGAAUUGAUCGCGAGAUUGCAAGAGUUAAAAGGUACAUAUCGCACCGAUUAUGAACAAUGGAAAAGUCUGCAAACGGAAAUCAGCUACUGUCAAAACUUACUCAAUCAAUGCCAAAACCGAUUACUUCAAGAAUAUGAUAUUUGGUACAAUGAGUGUUAUCUAAAUGGGAACAAUACUGGCACAGUCGAAGGUGAUGAACUGAUAUCAUCCGUCAAACCAAGUAAUGAAUAUCAAGUUUAUGAUGACGCUGCCGAACGAUUUGAACGUAUGCAGAAGGAACUCUUACUUGCCGAUCUUGAUAGUAUGCCAUUUCGACAAGCACAAAUAAACACAAAUCGACGCCACGUUUUCAAUGCACCGCCAAUACAAGGAAAGUCGACCAACAACACUGGCUACCGAUCCGGAGGAAGUUAUAGACAAGAGCAAUCGUUUUUACCACCAAUAACACUGAAUACUAAUCGACAGAAAUCCUUGGUUCGAUAA